GCUCCGGCUCCAGCUCCGCUCCGCGCCGCUCCAGCCCGACUCUCCCCGGCCGCCGCCCGCUGCCGCGCCCUCGGCCGCCGGCUAGCGCCCCCUACCCGGGGUCGCCGCGGCCCCGAGCCCCUCCCCCUCCCCCGGCCUCCCCGCUGCUGCUCCCCGGCGGAGGCAAGAGGUGGUUGGGGGGACCAUGGCUGACGUUUUCCCGUCCAACGACUCCACGGCGUCUGAGGACGUGGCCAACCGCUUCGCCCGCAAAGGGGCGCUGAGGCAGAAGAACGUGCACGAGGUGAAAGACCACAAAUUCAUCGCCCGUUUCUUCAAGCAGCCCACCUUCUGCAGUCACUGCACAGACUUCAUCUGGGGGUUUGGGAAACAAGGCUUCCAGUGCCAAGUUUGCUGUUUCGUGGUUCACAAGAGGUGCCAUGAGUUUGUUACUUUCUCCUGUCCGGGCGCGGAUAAAGGACCUGACACGGAUGACCCACGGAGCAAGCACAAGUUUAAAAUCCACACUUAUGGAAGUCCCACCUUCUGCGAUCACUGUGGCUCAUUGCUGUAUGGACUUAUCCACCAAGGGAUGAAAUGUGACACCUGCGACAUGAAUGUCCACAAGCAAUGUGUAAUAAACGUCCCCAGCCUCUGUGGAAUGGACCACACAGAGAAGAGAGGACGCAUUUACCUGAAGGCGGAAGUUACCGAUGAGAAGCUCCACGUCACAGUACGAGAUGCAAAAAAUCUAAUCCCUAUGGAUCCGAAUGGACUUUCUGAUCCCUACGUGAAGCUGAAACUGAUUCCUGAUCCUAAGAAUGAAAGCAAACAAAAAACCAAAACCAUCCGCUCAACACUGAACCCCCAGUGGAAUGAGUCCUUUACAUUCAAAUUAAAGCCUUCAGACAAAGACCGACGUCUGUCUGUAGAAAUCUGGGACUGGGAUCGAACAACAAGAAAUGACUUCAUGGGGUCCCUUUCCUUUGGCGUUUCUGAAUUGAUGAAGAUGCCGGCCAGUGGAUGGUACAAAUUGCUUAACCAAGAAGAAGGUGAGUACUACAAUGUACCCAUUCCAGAAGGGGAUGAAGAAGGAAACGUGGAGCUCAGACAGAAAUUUGAGAAAGCCAAGCUGGGUCCUGCUGGUAACAAGAUCAUCAGUUCUUCAGAGGACCGGAAACCCUCCAACAACCUGGACCGAGUGAAGCUUACAGACUUCAAUUUCCUCAUGGUCCUGGGGAAGGGGAGUUUUGGAAAGGUGAUGCUCGCUGACAGGAAGGGCACAGAGGAACUGUUCGCCAUCAAGAUCCUCAAGAAGGACGUGGUGAUCCAGGACGAUGACGUGGAAUGCACCAUGGUGGAGAAGCGAGUGCUAGCCCUGCUCGACAAGCCCCCAUUCCUGACGCAGCUGCACUCCUGCUUCCAGACAGUGGACCGGCUGUACUUCGUCAUGGAAUAUGUCAACGGUGGGGACCUCAUGUACCACAUUCAGCAAGUCGGGAAAUUUAAGGAGCCGCAAGCAGUAUUCUAUGCAGCCGAGAUUUCCAUUGGCUUAUUCUUUCUUCAUAAAAGAGGAAUCAUUUAUAGGGAUCUGAAGUUAGACAACGUCAUGCUGGAUUCGGAAGGACACAUCAAGAUUGCUGACUUUGGGAUGUGUAAGGAACACAUGAUGGAUGGCGUUACCACCAGGACCUUCUGUGGGACUCCAGAUUACAUCGCCCCAGAGAUAAUCGCUUAUCAGCCGUAUGGGAAAUCUGUGGACUGGUGGGCAUAUGGCGUCCUAUUAUAUGAAAUGCUAGCUGGCCAGCCUCCCUUUGAUGGUGAAGAUGAAGAUGAACUCUUCCAGUCAAUAAUGGAGCAUAACGUUUCCUAUCCAAAAUCCUUGUCCAAAGAGGCAGUGUCUAUCUGCAAAGGACUGAUGACCAAACACCCCGCCAAGAGGCUGGGCUGUGGCCUUGAGGGGGAGAGGGAUGUGAGAGAGCACGCCUUCUUCCGGAGGAUCGACUGGGAGAAACUGGAGAACCGAGAGAUCCAGCCACCAUUCAAGCCCAAAGUGUGUGGCAAGGGAGCAGAAAACUUCGACAAGUUCUUCACACGAGGGCAGCCCGUCUUAACGCCGCCUGACCAGCUGGUCAUCGCUAACAUAGACCAGUCUGAUUUUGAAGGGUUCUCGUAUGUCAACCCCCAGUUUGUACACCCCAUCUUACAGAGCGCCGUAUGAAACUCCUCCCACCAGAACGAACGCCUCUCCCUAACCCCCAGCCCCACAAGCAGUGGGAAACAAAAUGAUCCUUAACCCUAGAAUUUUAAGGCCGUGGCCUUUUUCUUGUUCCAGAUGGAGGCCUUAAAAUUAUAGGGUUAUUAGUCUGAAUUGUUCAGGGCCUCUCUUACAACCAAGGAGCAUUAUUGUAGUGGAGGAUGAAGUCCAAGUGCAAGUCUAAUUUUAGAGACGUCCUAACUGGCUGUAGGUUAACCCUUCUAGAAAGUAAACAAACUCUUGCCUAUUUUUUGAAGGUACGAUUUGAUCUAUUUUCUGUAGCUUCUGUCUGUUUUUAUCUUUGGGAUUCCCCUGCCACAGAUGUUAUAGCCCUGGGGCUGGAAGCAUUUCCACCUAAUAAGCCUUUGGAAUGAAAGAAUGGGGAUCCCAGAGAGUGCACAAAGAGGAAUUGGGGUUGGGGUGGAGGGUUCAAAACACCUGCUGCUUCUGUUCUCUGCAUCAGUGGGAA